GACACUACACGGAACAGCUCGAUCCUUGCCGUCUCUGGUUUCUCACCGCAUCUUGGACGUUGGGGUUUUGCCAGUGCCCGAGCGAAGUCUCGAACUUUCACCCCCCCACUCCCACAAAUCUUGGCAGACCACCUCCUCAGCAGGGUCUGCGCAUCACCGAAGGGAUGAAGCUGAUUCCGGUCGCUCUCCUGUACUUGGGUUCGCUCGCCUUCUUAGGCGCGGACACCGCACGGCUCGACGUGGCGUCGGAGUUCCGAAAGAAAUGGAAUAAAUGGGCGCUAAGUCGUGGGAAGAGGGAACUUCGGGUGUCCAGCAGCUACCCCACCGGGCUCGCAGACGUGAUGGCUGGGCCUGCCCAGACUCUCGUUCAGCCCCAGGACGUGAAGAGCGCCUCUCGCAGCACCCAGGCCAGCAGUCCGGACGCUGCCCGCAUCCGAGUCAAGCGCUACCGCCAGAGUAUGAACAACUUCCAGGGCAUGCGAAGCUUUGGAUGCCGCUUCGGGACAUGCACCGUGCAGAAGUUGGCCCACCAGAUAUACCAGUUCACAGACAAGGACAAGGACGGUGUCGCCCCCAGAAGCAAGAUAAGCCCCCAAGGCUAUGGCCGUCGGCGCCGGCGCUCCCUGCCGGAGGCCGGCCAGGGCCGGACUCUGUUGUCUUCGGAGCCGCAGGCACGCAGGGCUCCUGCUUCCCGCGCGCAUCAAGUGCUCGCCACCCUUCGUAGGAUUUAGGCCCUUGUGGCGUCGGCCAUCAGUCGCGCAUACAUCCCGAUGGCGCCUCCCGGGUGGAGGGCUUCCUUGAGCUGAGCCUCUCAGCAGGUGGGGACCGGGCUGAGUCCGCCCUGCAGAGACUGGGAGUGCGAGAGGCACCGUCCGGCGACGAGCACUGGCUUUGCAGGGGGCGUCCCUUCUCCUCAGGCGGCGUUCCUUUCGCCCUAACCGGGCCCGGGUGUCCCAGGGGGGGCAGAGGAAUCCGAGGGAGUUGUCUGCUAGGCUCACGGAGAGGAGAAACAGAAUCAAAUGCUGAGACCCCCGGAGCAAGGUUCUGAGCCAAGGCCGAGUCCGCCCUCAAACUGAUUUCUCAUGGGGUGUCACCCCACCGGGGCGCAAGCCCCAUGAUUACUUGAACUUUCCAAAACCUAGAGAGGAAAAGUGCAAUGCGUGUUGUAUAUACAGAGGUAACUAUCAAUAUUUAAGUUUGUUCCUGUCAAGAUUUUUUUGUAACUUCAAACAUAGAGAUAUUUUUGUACGUUAUAUAUUGUAUUAAGGGCAUUUUAAAGCAAUUAUAUUGUCCCCCUCCUCAGUAUUUUAAUACGUGAAUGUCUCAGCGAGGUAACAUUGUUUGCUGUGUGGAAUGUGUGAGAGUGUGCGUGCAAGAGACUGAUUACCUCUGGUGGAAGAAGGAAAGGCCGUGUCACUGUAUAAUCUAUUUACAUAAAAUGGGUGAUAUGCGAAGUAGCAAACCAAUAAACUGUCUCGAU